GGCCAGCCAGCACUCCAGUCCCCCAAGUGUUUUCCUGGUGUGACCAUUUGUUAACGACAUUUCUCUCUUUUUACAUUUUAGGCUGUUAAAGUAUUUUGACAGAAAAAAAAUGAGCAGGUUUUUUGGAUCUAAAAAAGCCACUGUGACAAGACAGCACUAUUUUAAUGCCAUUUUGUAAAAUUUUCUAAGGCAUAUUUUAUAAUUAGUUUGUUCCCAAUGUACUGCUACUUGAUUUGCUUUUAGGUAACUGUAAAUUUUGAUCAAAGAAAUCACUGAAAUAUAAAAUUACUGGAUUAUAAGUUAAUAAAUAUGCUGACCAGGAUUGGAUUGCUUUCCCCUUUUCUUAAUAAAAACUGGUCAGUGGAAGCAGAUCUUGAUAUUGUUGCUUUUAGGUGCUAUCUUAGAUCUUUGAAUAUAAAUGUGAACAUCUACACCAUACCUUGUAAAAGUUGUGAAAUGUUUAAUCCUUAAAACUUAGAGAAAUUGCCUCUGUUUUUUCUAAAGAAAUUAACUUACGUUUCUAGGUGGGGUAAGACAUGCUAUGUAAUAAUAGUACAUAUCCAUGGUAUUAAAGCAUAUGAGCCUGGUUUAAGGUUUUAAAAUAGGUAGAUAAAUAAAUUUUGAAUUAGUAUGUUUUGGUUAAGCAAUUUCUUUUAUGUUAGUGUACCUGUUAUAGGGUAAGACUUAACGUCAAGAGAAGAUUUACAGAAUUCAAAUUCAGGAUGAGUAAAAUAUAGACAAUAGGUCUCAGAACAAGGGUCAAAUCAUGUGAGUAAUGUCUUAAAACAUCUUAGCUCUAAAUUUAAAGAAAUUUUAUCGGCUAAGUAUUAUAGUUCCCAAGCCCUUAACAUAAUACAGUAUAUCAUAUAACUGGCUUUCAUAAAUAUUUUUAGACCAUAGUAAUUAUUCUAGCCCUGUUUUUGAAAAGUGAAGUAUUUGAAAGUAUGUGGUAUGGUAGAAUUAGAGAAACAUUUAGGUUAGAAAUCUAUUCAUGGUAAAUUUAAUUCUGGUAUGAUAUGCUGUAUUAAUGUUACCUCUUCUAAUUAGUCACCAUUAACUGUGGAUUUAGCUCUUACGCCUUGGUUUUAACCUCUUGAUCAGUGUUUUAAAAAAAUAGGCAUGAAGUCUAUGGUAAGGAAUAGUCUUAAUUGGUAAAACUAAGCUGGAUUUAGAAGGAACUCUUAAGAGUAAUGGAUUUGGGGAUUAUUUAGGUUCCUUGGUUAAUGUUUGUUUCUUUUGUCUGUUUCUUUUUCUUUCAUUUCUACACAUUCAUGCAGUAUUUCAUGGUUCUAUCAAAGCAGCAGUAAAAAAAAUACUCUUGACGCAUGAAAAUUAACUGUUCUUUUCCCUGGUUCAGCCUGAACUAUAUACCAGGCCCUGCUGAAAAUACCACCCAACAGUUUUCUUCUGCAGCUUAUCCAGUUUCUCUUAAGUGCCCUGUACAUAUUGUAUGUUUUAUGAUGAGAUGCAGUUUCUUAAUAUGUAUUACAGAAAUACUACUGGUAUUUGAAAAUAAUGUAGUUUAAUUGUAUUAUUGAACUCUCAUUUUGGGGGCUUGGGCACAUUAACAGAUUAAUCCAUCUGUAUAGGGCUUUUGCUGUUGGAUAGAAUUUAAAUUGUCUACAUAAAUAUUUGUCUUAGGACCCUUAGAUUUUAUCUGAAUACACAGAUUAGGCUUUAAAAACAGAUAUACAUGUAAUUUUUGACUUAAGGAGUUUGGCUAAGUUAGCUUUUGAACUGACACUAGAUAGCAACAUUUUUUGGUAUGGUUAGCAUGGCACAUAUUGGAACAUAAAGCAUUUUACUGUGCAGGUAAGGAAUGUGCCAUGUUGUUUUGCCUAUUCUCUCUCUCUCUCUCUCUCUCACUGUCACACACACAUCCCGUGUGUAUUCAGAGACCUUCAGAAACAUUCAUGCUCAUUGUCAUGAGUCAGCAAAAGCCCUACGCUUGAUUCCAACAGAAUAUUGCCUUUACAUACUUUCUUCUCUUAAUUUUUACAAAAUUUGUAUGGUAGGUGUAAAAGAAAAUCAUAGUAACUGUACCAUAUUAUUAACCCCUAAAUCAAACUUUUUUUGUCUUGUGUAUCUUGAUUUUUCUGUGUGCUUUAUAGUGAAGCAGCCGACACGAGUCGUUGUUCAUAAAACAGCUUUUGAAAGUUGAGAGCACACCCCUGGAGAACCGACUGUGCUUGCUUACGUUUGGUUCAUGACUUAAAAAUCGAGUACAGGUGAUGAAAUCUUGGCAGUGUUAACAAAAAAGUAGUGUGUAUUGUGCUAUUUUUUUUUUACUCUAGAAACUUAACCAUUUGUAGAGAAAAAGGAAACAAAUUUUCACACAUUGAAGUUUCAUUCUGACAUAAGUUUUAAUGAUAAAUAAUCAUAGAAAUCAAGCUUUAUAUUUUAGCGAACAUAAGUACUUUCAACAAACUCAGGUGGUGUAUCAGGGAGACAUUUUCUGGGUGUUUUUGUGUGUUUUCUGUCUUACAAAAAGAAUGCUUUCUAAUGCAGGCAUGUUUCUCUGCAGGAGUUAUUCCUGAUGAGACUAAGGCUUUGUCUCUGUUGGCACCAGCUAAUGCGGUGGCAGGCCUUCUGCCUGGCGGUGGACUCCUGCCCACUCCUAACCCACUUACUCAGAUUGGCGCUGUUCCCUUGGCUGCUUUGGGGGCUCCCACCCUUGAUCCUGCCCUUGCUGCACUUGGGCUUCCAGGAGCAAAUUUGAACUCUCAGUCUCUUGCCGCAGAUCAAUUGCUGAAGCUUAUGAGUACUGUUGAUCCCAAGUUGAAUCAUGUAGCUGCUGGUCUUGUUUCACCAAGUCUGAAAUCAGACACCUCUAGUAAAGAAAUAGAGGAAGCCAUGAAAAGAGUACGAGAAGCACAGUCCCUCAUUUCUGCUGCUAUAGAACCAGAUAAGAAAGAAGAAAAAAGAAGACAUUCAAGAUCAAGAUCGCGUUCUAGGAGGAGGAGGACUCCCUCAUCUUCUAGACACAGGCGGUCAAGAAGCAGAUCGAGGAGGCGGUCACAUUCUAAGUCACGGAGUAGGCGACGUUCCAAAAGUCCAAGACGGAGAAGAUCGCAUUCCAGAGAGAGAGGUAGAAGGUCAAGGAGCACAUCAAAAACAAGAGACAAAAAGAAAGAAGACAAGGAAAAGAAACGUUCCAAAACACCCCCUAAAAGUUACAGCACAGCCAGACGCUCUAGAAGUGCGAGCAGGGAAAGACGGCGACGACGAAGCAGGAGUGGAACGCGUUCCCCUAAAAAGCCUCGGUCUCCUAAAAGGAAACUGUCUCGCUCCCCCUCCCCGAGGAGACAUAAAAAGGAAAAGAAAAAAGAUAAAGACAAAGAGAGAAGCAGAGACGAAAGAGAACGAUCAACCAGCAGGAAGAAGAAGAGUAAAGACAAGGAGAAGGACCGGGAGAGAAAAUCAGAGAGUGACAAGGAUGUAAAACAGGUUACACGGGACUAUGAUGAAGAGGAACAAGGGUAUGACAGCGAGAAAGAGAAAAAGGAAGAGAAGAAGCCAAUAGAAGCCGGCUCCCCUAAAGCAAAGGAAUGUUCUGUGGAGAAGGGAGAUCCACUGAGAGAAUCCAAAGUGAACGGGGACGACCACCAUGAGGAGGACAUGGACAUGAGCGACUGAGCUGCCGGGGCCACCUGUGCACAUGCAUCAGUGUCAUUCCUUGUGUGAUUUCUUAUGCUGUACCUGUUCAUCUCAAACCUAGAUGUAUACAGCUCUGAGUUAUAAAUGGUUGUAAAGCUCUUGGUAUUGACAUUAGUUAUUUACAUCAAAAAGCUUUUGGGAAAUGGUGCAGGAGUAACCAGUUGUCACAGUGAAAGCUGACUGAGUAACCAAGCACUUUUACUACCCUGGUGCUGCUUCAUCAUAAAAGUGAAAAGCUGCAUGCAUCUACAUACAGCAGGCAUGGGUUGUGUAUGUUGUAUGAUCUCCUUUAUCAAGUAAGUUCGCUUAAUAGUAUUUCUAGAAUUUGAGUCAUUGCCGUAAUAGAGCCAUGUAGGGAAUGCACUGAUUGCAUGUUAUUGUGGCAAGAAUAUCCUAAAUGUCAUUAAAAUCCUCCAACAUGACAGAUCUACUUACGGUCUUGUUUGUUGACAUGACGAAUUAACAUUCUUAUAGUUACAUCUGGAAAUGAGCAUUUGAAAUAGAUAAUCCUUUAAGCCUUGUGGCGAAAUUUUUGUGGCUUUUGUUUAACUUUGAAAGGUUAUAUAUGCACUAACCUUUUUUGAUGGCUAAUUAGGCUUUAAUUACAGAAAGAAGAUUUCAAAUAAAACUGUCUUUGGCAGUGAGUAAAUAGCAUAUUUUGAAGUAGAGUUGUAUACUUUUUCAUAAGGUGUUUAGGAAUUUUUUUCCUGAAGUAAUAAUUUAUUCCACAUUUACAUCAGUGAAAGCUGUCUGCCUGUCCUGAGUCCAUCUGUUUAAAAAAAAAAAAGUGAUCUCCUGUCCCGAUUUUCAGUUUUCCACCCUUAACGUCAAUUUGUUUUAAGCACAGUGUUGGAAAAAGGGGGUAGUGCGUUUUAAAUUGACCUUCAUAUGCUUUUAAGAUAAGACAAAUCUACUUGAUAAUGUACCUUUUAUUUGAUCUCAAAUUGUAUAAAACCAAUAAAUUUGUGUUACUGCAGUAGUGAUCUUACGCACACAGUGAUUUCAUGUUAUAUGCAAAGUAGUUAGCAACUGUUUAUUAGUUAAGGAGUUUCGAGCUUCACUUUUGUGCAGUAAAAACAAAAGUAGGCUACAGUCCGUGCCAUGUUGAUGUACAGUUUCUGAAAUUGUUUUACAAGACUUUGAUAAUAAACCCUUAAACUUA